GACACUCGGGGGGUACUCCCUGAACUCUUACUGGAUUGAAUUUGUUUUUUUCAUUCAAUUUUUCAAAAAUUUAAAAAAAUGUCACUUUGGGUCGGCCUUACGUCAGCACAGAAGUCCCUACUUGGACUGUUUGUCUACCAGUUGGACACUGGGGAGGGGAAGCUAAACCAAGUUAUAGCUUCUUGGGCGAUUUUGUGAAAAACUGAACCAGUCCUUUGAUGCAAACUGAUUGAUCAUGAUUUGAUUUUGAGGACAGAAAAUGGACAAAUGACCAGUACCAACUUGGAGAUGCCUGUUUACUGCGAAAGAUGUGUUGUCUUAGAGCUACUGAUUGAAAGAACCGCCGUUGUGCGGAAGGUCAAAAACAGCAGUUUUGAGUAUUGAGCCAUAAUCCUCCGGUUUUGUGCAGAGAUCCCGACUGCACGGUAACCAAACGCCUGCUGCAGUGUCGGGUCACUUCCUCACCGAGGAGGAGGAGACCACCCACUCCAACCUGCCUACCCGAAUGAACCUGAAUGCUUCUUACAUUGCUCCUCACAAACCUGACACCUCCAGUGUCUGCUCUUUCACAGGAUGCCAGGUCCUGGCCUCUCCCACUGGCCCAUGGACUCCCCCCUUCCUCCAAAAUCAAAGGAUUCCUUUACAGGGAGGAAAUGAGUUCCCACUUGCUGGAAACUUUUUACAGAAGAAAAACCUUGGACUUGUCUCCUGAUCUGGAUUGUCCAGGGCUUUCGAGACGGAGGGCUGGUUUGUUUCCACUGCAACUGGUCAUCUCUUGAAAUACCAGAAAAUGCACACGUUGUUCCGACAAAGGGCCUGAUUUACUAAGAUCCGCAUCCCAAACAGCGUGUGCAAACUAUAAAAUUGCAAGUACUAAUUAUUAGUGGGCGUGUUGAGUGUGAUCUACUAAGACCGCGUUUAAAUACGUUUUUUCCGUGUACUAUACGUGGCAUCACCAUAGAGCAGGCAUGGGCAAUUAUUUUGACUCGGGGGGCCAAAUUUAGAGAAAAAAGUGUCUGGGGGCCGCUAUAUCUAUUUUUAGGAACACUAAUACGAAACCUCACAAUAAUGUCUGAUUGAGUGCUAGAAACGUUAUGACAGACCGCCUGAAAAAAGGAAUGGAAUGUUACAUUUUUUUACUGAAUGAGACACCCAGAAUGUACAAGAAAAUAAUGUGUUAUUUACAAUAUUAACUAUGAACGAUAAAACACUGAAUAUUGACAACAUAUGAACGGCACACCCCCUCGAUCGACAUGUUUUACAAUCAAGCCAACUGCAACAAAAAUGCAACAAACACAAAAAACCCACCUAUUAUUCGAGACUAAGCUUUAGAACUUUGUUGUAAAAAAAUCUCCUUCCGCGUCUGUCCCUGACACCCGCAUUUCAGGCUGGCCGCUCUGGAAACACUCUGUGGAAACGCUCCCCACCCACACUGCUUGGUGCCUCGUCUGAGCUGCUGUGACGUAGAUUACCAUAGCAACUAAUUAGAUUACCAUAGUAACUAGUAUAUCAUGCAAAAGCGCAGAUUCCAACCAUUGAAAUACUUUGGACAGUUCAAGACUUAACAGUCAUUAGAAGACAUCACUGCACAUCAUAAUGGCAGCUACACUUUCCAUCUUAAAGAUCUAAAAAAAUUAUUUGGGAAUGUCCGGCGGACCAGAUUGAAAAGCUUAACGGGCUGCCUUAAUUUGCCCAGCUCUGCCAUAGAGGCACUUAUUUACUGCACAUUCAUUUUAUCAUCAGAAUCAGAAUCAGAAUACCUUUGUCAUUGUAUGUAAACAACGAAAUUGGACAGCAAUCCAGCUCAGUGCUUUUGAAACAAACCUACAUAAAGUAGUCUUAAGACAACAACAAUAAUAAAACAAUUUAAAAACAUAAUAAAAUGUAAAAAAAACCAAAACAUAUUGCACAGUAGAUCUUUAUCAGAGGUAAGCAAGUAAGAAAGUGGUGAGUGUUCAGGUAAGUGCAGAGUUUAGGGCAAUAACAGCUGUAGGAUAGAAACUGUUUUUCAGUCUAUUUGUCCUUGCUUUGAUGGUCUUAUAGCGCCUCCCUGAGGGCAAGAGUUCAAGCCAGUGGUGACCUGGGUGGGAUGAGUCCUUGAGGAUGCUGUCAUGCUAUGUUUUCGAACAAGCAGGAGACUUGUACCACUUUUUAUGGGCAGUUCAGGAGCAGUCGUGCAGUGCAUCUACAUUGAAGCCCGCAGGAGAGGCUGCACUUACAAAAAAAUGUAUACUUCAAACAUUUUUUUCAUAUAGGAAACAUGUUAAUAGCUAUGUGAGAAACAAAAACGUGUCAAUUGAAUUUGUUUUAAUCAGUCCCUUAAAGGGGACUGCACUUUUUUGGGGAAUUUUGCCUAUCGUUCACAAUCCUUUUGAGAGACAAGAAGACAAAUGUUUAAUUUGUAAAAUUUGCCUUCUUCUCAGCGGCUAGCAAAGCAGCUAACAGAAGCAAUUCAUUCUGCCGCUAAAUCACUUUAAAAAUGCAUUCAAAAACCGUCAACAAAACUGCAUUUACGUUCCGCAACCCGUACAACAACCAACAAUCCUCAUUGUUAUUGUAAGAGCGAACACUGAGUAAGUACUUAUCGAGCGUAGUUACACAUCAUCUUGUGGCGGCAUGCUACGGCAUUAGCCGUAAGUUAGCCACGGCAAGACCCAAGCUAGCUUCUGCCUCAGCAGCUGAAUGGCUUUUGCUUUGCGAUAGGACACCAAUCAGUACUGAGUGAAAAACAUGAAUAAUCAUAUCACAGUAUCUGUAAAGUAUUAGCCCACAUACUCAGUCGGUGGGACAGUUGACUGUUUGGUCCAGCUGGCCGGGAAUGUUUAUUUAAGUUGAUUUUGGGUAAGCAAUCCAUUUCUGUUGGCACGUUCCACAUUUACAGCGUUAAGUCGCGUCAACCUCACUCUUUCGGCUUCUGUCCGUUCCGUUUCACUCACUCUCUCUGUGCUCGCUUUCAGAAGCAGCACUUCAUCCUCUGUAUAUUCAGCUUCAAAAAGAUAAAGGUUGUGAGACCUCAUUUGUCCCAAGAAUAUUUGUCUUCGUUGUCUUGUUACCAAGUCUGCCAUGAUUACAACACACUCGCGUUUGUUUCCAGAAGUAGGAGCACGCAUUUGUUGCCGGAAGUCGGAAGGAAGAAAGUCUUUAGUCAGGGACAUCACGGGACAGAAGAUAGUCUCUAAACACGAGUACAUUCUAUAAUAACACCAGAAGAAGAUGCUAGAUGUGUUGCUAGUUGUUUAAAAAAAAAAAAAAAGUCUGUAAACACUUGAAAACAUCUCCACAAAGUACCUUGUACAAAAAGCAGCAACAAUUGAAAAUAUAGCAAAAUUAUAAAAAAUAUGUUAAUACUAAUAUCUGUUUUAAAUGUAUGUAUACAUUUUUGGAGCCUUUCUAAAGAAAAUCAUAUCAUAGCAAAUUAUGCAAAUUACUUGAUGACGUCACAGUGACCACGCUCAUAACCACGCCCCCACCGCCACAGGUAUCUUGGCAGUUUAGGGGAAACUCUGUACAUGCGAACCUUAGUAAACCAGACCCAAAGUCUCCACUGGCAUCGACAUCACCCUUACCCAUAGCCAUCUUCGUUCUCAUGUUCUCAGGUAAUCUCAAUUCAACUCAUUUGUUUUCUAUACCGACCGCCCCAAUUGUGAGUUGAUACCAUGCAGUGGAAAAGUGGCAUUAAUCCAAAGAUGACUUGUACAUCCCAUGAUUUUCUAAAGGAUAUAAGGUCUCACCGACUGGAAACGCAUAGAGUAGAACCACUUUGGGUCUUCUCUUCAACUGGAUUUGUCCAGAACCUUCAUUUAUCCUCGUUUUCCACUGCACAAUCCAGCAAAACAGAUACCAUGAGGAAACUCCUCGUAUUUCAUCAGUGGAGGUUCCAAUACUACGAGGAAACUCUUCGAACUUCCAUCAGUGGAGGUUCCAAUACCACGAGGAGACUCCUCGUACUUCAUCAGUGGCUGUUUCAAUACUACGAGGAAACUCUUCGUACUUCAUCAGUGGAGGUUCCAAUACUACGAGGAAACUCCUCGUACUUCAUCAGUGGCUGUUUCAAUACUACGAGGAAACUCUUCGAACUUCAUCAGUGGAGGUUCCAAUACCACGAGGAAAGUCCUCGUAGUUCAUCAGUGGAGGUUCCAAUACUACAAGGAAACUCUUUGAACUUCAUCAGUGGAGAUUCCAAUACUACGAGGAAACUCCUCGUACUUCAUCAGCGGAGGUCGAGGAAACUCCUCGUACUUCAUCAGUGGAGAUCGAGGAAACUCCUCGUACUUCAUCAGUGGAGGUUCCAAUACUCAGAGGAAACUCUUUGUACUUCAUCAGUGGAGGUUCCAAUACUUCAAGGAAACUCUUCGAAUGUCAUCAGUGGAGAUUCCAAUACUACAAGGAAACUCCUCGUACUUCAUCAGUGGAGGUUCCAAUACUACGAGGAAACUCCUCGUACUUCAUCAGUGGCUGUUCCAAUACUACGAAGAAACUCUUUGAACUUCAUCAGUGGAGAUUCCAAUCCUACGAGGAAACUCCUCGUACUUCUUCAGUGGAGGUCGAGGAAACUCCUCGUACUUCAUCAGUGGAGGUCGAGGAAACUCCUCGUACUUCAUCAGAGGAGGUUCCAAUACUUCAAGGAAACUCCUCGUACUUUAUCAGUGGAGGUUCCAAUACUCCGAGGAAACUCUUUGUACUUAUCGGUAGAGGUUCCAAUACAAUGAGGAAACUCCUACUUCAUCAGUGGCUGUUCCAAUACUACGAGGAAACUCUUCGAACUUCAUCAGUGGAUGUUCAAAUACUCAGAGGAAACUCCUCGUACUUCAUAAGUGGAGGUUCCAAUCACGCCACGACCAUAGUUUUGGACGCUGCUUUAUUAGACUCUGCAGUCUCCACUUUGCUCUCACUGCCCUGAUUCUCCUUACAGAUAAACUUACUUAUCAGCCACCACCAGAAGCAUGGUUUUUUUAUGAGCGUGUCUCAUUUCGAUUGAGCCUCUUCGGGUUUUCCCGCCUGUACCGACCGGCCAGAAAACUAGCCGAGCGUGGUGACUUCUUCACGAAGUGACUCGAUGAGAAGCAGUGGAAAUAGCCAAGUCACUACCGUCACUUUAGACGUAUAAGCCAAUUCUUCGGUGACCUGGUCCUGGCAAUACGUCCUUUUCUUGGCGAACCCGGGAGAACUCUGCAAACCCACAGAGACUAAAGGAAAGCUUCUCUUGGUUUCGAGGCAAUUUGGGUUUUUUUUGUCUGCGGCGAGCUUUCCGAUGGAUGAAACAAGCCACAGAUUUGUGUUUUGGGUGUAAACUUAAAUGGCUGCGAGUGAAAAGUGAAGCUUGCCUGUCCUGAAAUGUCCACUUGCUUUGUUCAGCGCAAAACUGGAGAUGUUUUAGUCGUAGUUCUUGAUGUUCUUGAGUGAAUGCUGAUGAGGGAAGGUGAUCAGGUUGCCAUAUGGUGUUGGUUUGCGUAUAUAUUCACAAGAAAUUGCUCUUUUAAAGGUGUUUUCGUAACAUUGUUGGUGUCUUACGCGGGAAUUUAAGAUUCCACAUACAAAAAAAUGAAAAACAGAUUUGGUUUUUUUUUCCCCUACUGUGGACGGGAAUGAAUAAGCUUUGGGGUUAUGAUAAAACAAAAGAGGAAAUAAUGUUUAUGAAUGAAAUGUAUUGCUUUAAGUACAAUGUUCAUAUUGCACUCUCGCUACCAUGACUGUUCAUGGUGCGCCUGGUGUGUUAAUUUAUAUCUUACGGGUUUAUUUUGUUGGUGGCGAUUUUGUUUCCUCAACAUCAUAAGGCCGUUUUCACAGAUGUACUUAUGUAUAAUGUUUAUGCUUAUGUUAAAUAAAUAAAUAA